AUGGCACCAAAUGUAACAUCCUGUUUAUUUACAGAUAAAAAUGAAAAGAAGAAAAGGCAAUUGCCAUGUGAUGUUGGUGAAGGAAAGACAUUGUUUAUCAGGAACCUGUCUUUUAACUCCGAGGAGGAAGACCUGGAGGAAUUGCUGCUCAGAUUUGGAAAUAUAAAAUAUGUCCGCAUAGUGGUUCAUCCUGACACAGAGCACUCCAAAGGUUGUGCCUUCGUCCAGUUUGUGGAUAAAGAAGCCGCAGAGAAAUGCCUAGUGGCGGCCAAGGAUGAAUCGGAGGAUGGAGGUUUGAAGCUUGCUGGGAGGAAGCUGAUGGUGGAUCUUGCUGUGAGCAGGGAGGAAGCUGGGAAACUACGUCAGAAGGUCAAGAAACCCACAGGGACAAGGAAUCUGUAUCUGGCAAGAGAAGGAUUGAUUCGAGCAGGAACAAAUGCUGCUGAGGGACUAAGUGCAGAAGAUCUGGCCAAAAGAGCUCGGUUUGAAGAGAUAAAACGCCAGAAGUUGAAAAGCCAGAACAUUUUUGUCUCAAAGACCCGUCUGUGUGCUCACAACAUUCCUAAAUCUGUGGAUGACAAAAAGUUACGUCAGUUGUGUCUCACUGCCGCAGGUGGAGGUAAAUCUGUUAAAAUUAAAGAGUGUCGUGUAAUGCGAGAUAUGAAGGGCUUGGCUGGAAAUCAGAAGGGGCAGUCUCUAGGUUUCGCCUUUGUGGAGUUCACUGAACACGAACAUGCCCUAGCAGCUCUAAGACAGAUCAACAAUAAUCCAGAUAUCUUUGGACCAAAAAAGAGACCAAUCGUGGAAUUUUCCCUGGAGGAUCUGAAUAAAAUUAGGCUAAAGGAAAAGAGGGCUCAACGCAGUCUGGCUAAAGCUUCAUCUGGGGGGGCACCUGUCAAAGCACAGAUAACUGACUCUUCUGCAACAAAAGCCAUCAAAAGGAAACAAAAACCAGCUGGGAACCGUGAAGGCAUGGCAGCAGAAACACAGGACGAAAAGCCAUUACGACCUGUUCGUUGGUCUGGAUUCCAAACAAAAGAGGAACUUGAACAAGAAGAGCUUGAAGAUGGAAAGAAAAGGAGGAAAGUUUUACAUAUGCCAUCCCAUGCAGGUCCUAAAAUAAGAGCACGUGACAAGGGUAAGCUCCAGCAGGUGUUGUCAAAGAAGCCAAAUCCACACCAGCAGAGCAGGAAACAGCAAAGGUUAAAAGCAGCUGAAACGCAGGCACCUUCUAAAAAGCAGCAGCCAAGACGAAGCCAAGCAGAGACUCGAUUUAAUCAGUUGGUGGAACAAUAUAAGCGAAAGAUCCUGGGGAAACCGAAUACAGCCACUGCAGUUAAAAGAAGCAAGUGGUUUGAUGACUGA